UCGAAUAAAUUCGAUUAAUAUUGCUAUAAAUUGAAAAACAAUGAAGUUCUUUUCGUGGUCGAAUUCAGUGUUGUUUAGUUAUUGUUUAAUUGUGGAAUGCAGCGGUAGUAAUGUAAUGUGGAAUAAUGCCUUAUGUGAUGCACAGCUACAAGCGACACUCGUAGGACUCACCGAUAAGGAUCCGUGGGCUCUGGAAUUUUUUGAUGCAUGGGGAAACUGGCCAUCUGGGCAGUUCUCGGGUAAUCAGUACGAUUUUGGGAACUAUGAUCAGUGCCGAAGUUACUACUAUGACCAUCUGGAAGUCGGGGCAAUCCGUGGCAGGUACUGCAUGGUGGUACUUCCACGACAAUCAGAUAACCUAACAAAACGAUUCUUUGUGGACAUGGAAGGGAUUAAUGGAGUUGGAAUUGGAUCAUGCUUCCCGAACACGUGCAGCGAAGAGCAUCUUUAUCAGCCAAUGAAAAAGCUGAUUGAAUUGAGAUACAACAUUGUAGCCAAUGAUUCAAUUAUAUACUGUGACAACGAGUUUUUUCCGCUAGGUGGAACUGGAGUAGCAGCAAUAACUGUAAUCUCACUAAUCGCAGCUGUUGUUGUCGUUAGUACUAUUUACGAAGUAUAUGCCAUUCUCAGUGCAAGAGAGCCAUCCACCAACCUGACAACGUUCUCUGUUUACUCCAAUUGGAUGUGGGUGAUGAAGGUUACAAAAACAAAACAUGUCCAUGCCAGUAAAACCCAGAUAAUCGAAUGUCUUCAUGGUAUACGUGUUAUGGCGAUAAUUUGGAUAAUAUACGGGCACACCUAUCUGUUAAUGUUGUCGGCGCCCCUCAUAAAUCCGGUUGCUACGAUUGAUUGGAUAUUCUACAGUGCCCUAGUUGUGGCUGGUCCCAUUUCCGUCGACACGUUUUUUGUCCUGAGUGGAUUGCUGACCUGCUGGAGUCUGCUGAGAGAGCUGGAUCGAAACAAGAAGCUUAACGUGUUUCUGCUGUAUGUACAUCGCUAUUUGCGGUUGACACCCGCAUUUGCUGCACUGCUUUUGUUUAUUGUCGGAUUAUACCCAAGGCUCGGAGCCGGACCGCUAUGGGGUUCAUCACUAAAAAUCACGGUCGAUUUCUGUAACAAAUACUGGUGGUCAGCGUUGCUGUAUGUUCAGAACUACGUAAAUCCCAACGAGAUGUGCUUGGGACAUUCCUGGUACCUGUCGGUAGAUAUGCAACUGUUCCUGCUCUCUCCGCUCGUUGUUUACCCACUAUGGCGGUGGGGUCGCCGGGUACUGAUUGUUGUGGCAGCACUGAUUCUGUCGUCAAUAGGAUGCAUUUUUGGCGUGACUCUGCAACAUGACCUUAGAGCGAACAUUAUGUUAACGAGUUUGGAACGAGAUCGAUAUAGUUACGUGCCAACUCACACUCGAAUGGGUGCUUGGUUCGUUGGAUUGGUUCUGGGAUACAUUUUACACUGCACAAAGGAUCGCAUCGUGCAACUAUCGAAGUCAAAGUUAGUUCUGGGAUGGACGUUGUCUUUAGUCUUAAUUGUUGUAUGCAUUUUUGGUGCUUAUCCACUGAACCAACCUGAUUUUGAGAAACAUCCCGUAAUUGCCGACGCACUAUACGAAUCUACGAAGCACGUAUUGUGGGCUUUAAGCGUGGGCUGGAUCAUAUUUGCUUGCAGUAACGGAUAUGGUGGACCAAUAAAUAAAAUUCUUUGUCUCUCUAUUUGGCAACCAUUAGGAAAACUAUCGUACUGUAUGUAUUUACUGCAUCUACCUAUACAAUUGAUGAUAACUAGCUCCAUGAGAACGGUUAGACACUUUAGCGAUCUUCAUACAAUACACACAUUCUGGGGUGACAUCGCGUUUACUAUAUUGGUUUCUUUGAUAUGGACAUUGUGCUUCGAAGCGCCGUUUGGAAACUUAGAUCGAUUGUUGCUAAGAAGUUACAAAAAAUCAUCAUCUCGCAGAUAAUUUGAUUGGUGAGAAGUUUAUAACCGUAGACAACAGAAAUUUUGGUUCGUAUUCGAAAUAUAUUUAUAAGCGUUUAGCUGCCAACUUAUGUGGUUUUUGUUUGAAGCGAAACUGACUCAGUUUCUAACCCCAACUGCUGUCAAAAUGUAUGAACUGACUGCGGUUGGGGUUAGAACCUGACUCAGUUUCGGCACAGACUAACAGACAUAACACUAUGAGGGAAUUCCCUCAAAAAACAUCGAUCCGACAAUUUUCCCAGAACACUAGCUCCACCUUUUAUUCACAGUCCCAAUCACUCAUUUAUUGGUGGGUUACCCCUCAGGUUUGGGAACAAUUUUUCACUAGUGGUCUAUCCCCCAUAUGCUUGUUCAUAUGUCAGUGGCGCCAUAAUUUCAAAUGUGGCCACAGUCCCAACUACAAAUAUAUUUAAAAUGACCGUUAAAGCGAGCGAAGCUUUGUUUUUUAGUGUUAUGUCUGUUAGUCCGUGCCGGAUUGUUGACGUUGUUCGUAGUCAUACCGCUGGCACGAGUCCUACUACCUUACGCACUGAUGGAUCGUCGCAUUUCAAAACGCAGGGUGACUAUCUGCCUGCCACUCCUUCGAUACAAAAUUUGUAAAUUUGUUGGUGAUAGAAACGAGACUGCCGAGUUUGUGAGGACUUUAUUGAAGACUUACAAAUUUCAACAACGAAGAGAAACAUUGUAGCAAAUACAAAUAAUUUGUAUUUGAUUGUAGGUUAGGGUUCUUGGAAUAAGGGACCAUUGUAGUUACUGUAGUAGCCCUUCACUAUUACGCAACAAUUCAAUCAGCGAAAUAAGGAGCUUAUUCGUAGUAACCUUUGUGAUUUUUUAAAAUGAGUUUAAGUUAGGCUAAAUAGAUAUUUCAAUUGUACCUGUUCUGAUGUUUUAAUUAAUAAAUUUAGGUUACGUUUUCCUAAAGCCUUUUA